GGAGCCCCAAAGGAGGUGGUGAACCCCUCUACUGGGCGUGCCAGUCUCUUGGAGUCCAUCCGCCAGGCCGGCGGCAUUGGGAAGGCCAACCUCCGCAGCGUCAAGGAGAGGAAGCUGGAGAAGAAGAAGCAGAAGGAACAAGAACAAGUGAGAGCCACAGGACAAGGUGGAGAUUUGAUGUCAGACCUCUUCAACAAGCUCAUACUGAGGCGCAAAGGUAUUUCAGGGAAAGGACCGGGAGCCUCUGGAAAUGCCGAUGCUCCUGGAAGUCCCGCAGGUGCCUUUGCUCGUAUGUCGGACUCAAUACCACCCCUCCCACCUCCACAGCAGCCCGUGGGUGAGGAGGAUGAGGAUGACUGGGAGUCAUAG